AUCACUGUCUACCUAACACAUUUUUCUUUUUCACCUUCUUUAUAUAAACAGUCUCUCUCUAUCUCCCGAUCUCAUCACUCUCACACACAACAAUCUCUCUCUUCUUAUCUCUCUUUUCUCUCUUCCCAAUCCUUGUUGUCUGAAUCUGUAGCUAACCAUGUCGGAGAGACCAAGCCGUCACCAGAGAAGACCUUCUCAGAGCGUUUUUCCGAUCUCCCUUGACGAUCUCUCCGAUAUCUCUCUCGCAGCAAAUCCUCCUUCCACCGUUCCUACUAACCCGCCACGUCACCAGAUCCCUCCGCCGUCUCCUGCAGCUCCUCCGGCUAACCGUAGCAACAAUGACGACAAUGUUAGCAAAGAUCACCAUGGGAACGCCUCUUCUAAUUAAUAUCGCUUUUUUUUGUCUUUGGUUUUAAUAUAAGUUUCAGCCUUUUAAUUAUCGCAUAAGCCUUUCUUUUCUCUUAAUAAUCAGAUUUUGUCUUUCUUUACUAUUGUAUGAUAAUCCCAUGAAUCAAUCGUAGUUUCGUAUUUCGGGUUUAUGGUGGUAUUGAAUGAUGAAUAACAAAAUCUGAAUUAAACUUAGACAAAUGUUUGAUUAUGACAAAAUUAUACUAAACAAAAAUCGUUGUUAGAAUUCAUUUUUCAUGUAACUGUUAAGAAAAUAC